UUUAUAGGAACGCUGUCACUUGUUUAGAGUUUUUCCUCUCUACCACGUGGAGUGGCGGCUCUUACUCAUUGAAAUCAGAGGCUUUUACGUUGUUAUUGCUAUUAUUAUUUUACCGUGCGCGGCAUCGACUCUGCUUCCGUGUGUGAGAUGUCAGCAGCGGGACAGACCUCCAGGAGCCUGGAGAUCCCGGCUGUCCGGAGGAUCGCCAUCCACGAUGCAGCCCACAUGCCCAAGGAGUUCUCCACGACCCCGGGAGGUACUCUGUUCAGCACCACGCCAGGAGGCACCAGAAUCAUUUACGACAGGAAGUUCCUGCUGCAGUGUCGGACCUCUCCUCUGACCCGUACGCCUCCCAAACUUCCCGAUAUUCCCGGAGUCACAAGGCCGCUUGACCCAGAGUCGUCYAGUAAUGAAAACCAGCCUCAAGAAUUACCUAGCAACAACGCAGAUGACCACAGCCUGAACACAGAGGAAAACUCUGCGGAAGAUGCCCAGUUUGAAAUGGACAUCUAAAUGUUAGCAGCAAUAAGCAAUGAAGUAAUGCUAACAUUUAUGUGGUUGUGAAAUGGUUGAAAUGACAAAUCCAGUCUAAGUCAGCUUUAUAAUCUGACAGAAAACAACCAUGUGUUUUCUAAUGUCAAAUAUUUGCUAAAAUGUUCAACCUAAAACAUUAACUAAAAUUUUUUUUUUCCACUUUGUUAAAUCACAUGUAUGACAUGUAAUUCCUUAAAAAGUUUUUUUUUUUUUUUGAUGUGACUUAUAUUUACUUUGAAUAUAAUAUAUGAAGUCUAGUGUAGACUUGGAGCUCUAGUGUAGUUGGGAACCUAGUUUUGCAAUCUGUGAUGACUUUUAUGGCCACAUGAGGGCAGCAGACACAAGUUCCAUACUGUGAGAUCCCGUUGUUUGUCAAUUUCAAGUCAAUGUAUUUGUGUUACUUGCAGUUGUUUGAACACUAAGUGAUUGUGAAGUUAUAUGAAUUAUCAGCAGAAGUCUUAAAARUAUAUGACUGUAUUUUAUUGUCACUCAUCAGUUGUUUGCUCCUUAAUUUCCAAGAUCAUUAAAGAAUAAUUUCAUGCAGUUUUCUAAUUAAACCUCAACCAAGAUCAAAAUUAAAUAUGUUUUGGCUGCAAAAUGUUACAUAAUAAGCUUAUAGUUUUUACAAACCACUAUGUUGGAGCUUUAAACUUUUUUUUUUACUGUGAGUCUCUGUUAACACAUUUUGUAACCAAAACUAAACUAUUGUUUCUUUUCUGCAAUGUUUUCUUUUUCUUACUAUGUUAUCAGAAAGUGCUUGAAGAAAAUGUGCAACCAUUAAAAAARAAAUGUUGAAGCAAAACUGGACACUGCAUAAUUAAUCCAAAACAUACUAGUAUGUCCACCCAGAGCUGGCUGAGAAAUAAGAAACAUCUCACCGCUAAAGCUGACCAAUGUGAAAAAUUUAUCAUAAUCCAGAAUUUUUGGGUGGAAAAAGCUAAUGAAACGGGGUCAGUUCUACACAAACUGUUCUAAAACCAUUUUUUGUAAUAAAAGACAUAACAGUU